CAAUAGCAAUCUCGGAAUUAACAUAAAAUGAAGACAGGUUUUGUGUUUGUAAACAAACAAAGUAAUGUUUCCUUAGUUUUCACUAAUAUCUAUGAAUUUCUUGAAAUUUGGAAUUUAUUUUGCUGAUCAUCAUUUUUAUCAUGGGAGUUAGAGGCUUGAGUACUUUUUUUAAUAACAAUCCAGAUUUAAUGAAGCCAUUCAAACUGCAUGACACGACUAUCAUUAUAGAUGGAAACAAUCUUAUUCAUUUAUUAUAUUUUAGAAGCAAAGUUGAUUGUAUGUAUGGUGGGGAUUACAACAGAUAUUCAUCAUCAGUGCAGAAAUAUUUUUCUUCAUAUCUUGAAUGUCAUAUCAAACCUAUCGUCAUAUUUGAUGGAGGUUACGACACAUCUAAUCGAAAGUUAAGAACAAAUUUAUUAAGAUCUAAGUCAAGAUUGACUCUAACUCAACAAAUCGCAAAAUACGGAGAUUGUGCUGGAAAUGUUUUACCCAUAAAUGCUCAAGAGGUAUUUCGAUGUGUGCUAUCGGAGAUGAAUAUACCUUUCGCCCAAUGCGACUUUGAAGCUGACGACCAGGUGACUGCACUCGCAAACUACUACCAAUGCCCUGUCCUCAGUGAUGAUAGUGACUUUUUUAUUUUUGAUGUUAAGAAAGGUUUUAUAAGACUAUCCUCAAUAGAAACUACAGUAUGCUUAGGAACAGCUAACAACGGAUUUCAAUUCAAGUACCUAAAAUGUGACAUUUAUUAUAUUGAUAAAUUUCUUUCUUUUUUUCCUGGUAUUGAUCGAAGUGUUCUUCCUUUAUUUGGUACUUUAGUUGGAAACGAUUUUGCUAACACCAAAGACUUUGAAACUUUCUUUUCAAAUAUUCAGUUACCUAAGCAGAAGUACAAAGGCCUAAAAAUCAAUCAGGGGCAACGGAGAAUUAUUGGCCUUCUAUCCUGGCUGCAAUGUUACAACCUCGAAGAGGGCAUAAAACAAGUAAUUUGUCGUCUCAAAAAAGAAAGACGAGAGAAGGUUAAAUAUAUGAUCGAUAAUUCUGUUAAUGGUUACAGAAUAGAAUCGUGCAAUUUAAUACAUGUCUUAAAUGGCGAUGCAUCUCUUUGUUCUAAAGAAUUAAUGCUAAACUCUCGGAUUAUUUUACCGUGUGGUAAAAAAUUGCCUAUCCAGUUUAUCAUCUCUUUUCAUCAAGGGUCUCUCCCAUCUUUCUUUCUGAAUGUGGUUAAUCUGCAUCGAAUAUUUUUACCAGCUCAGGUCGAAAAUACCCACCUGGAAAGCAGUUUUGUAUGUUCUCGCUAUAUUCGUCAAAUAUUGUAUGGCAUACUUUUGCAGCAUGAAUUUGCCAACUCCGAAGAGCAUACCAAUUUGUGCCUUAAAUCUGUUGAAGAAUACGAUCGCCGAUGUGGAAGUGUUCAGCGUUUCUUAGUUGAACCUAUUUUCAACCUGGCAAAUGGAAAUCCUCUUCCGAUGUUGAAUCAUCUUUACGAUUUAGAAGAGGAUUAUCUGCAUGAUUUAUUGUUAGAUGUAAUUGACUGCCAAAAGUCAUUCAUCUUUUUAUUACCAAACAAUUUAAAAUUAUUGUUUGGAUCCAUAAUUUAUUGGCUAAAGAACUGCACACCCGCUCCUUGCGAAGAGUUCCUAUACGCCUUAAUUUUAUGUGUGAUACACUUAAACCUGCUGUUGCCAAAAUCCAAGGAGGUAAUUCAAAAGAAAAUGGAGCGAUGUAGUGAUGAUUUCAAAAACAUACGAUCAUUGGUAAAAACAAUAUCAUCUUCUGAUGCUUUGGUAGCUACCAAAAAUAUGAAAAAAUAUUUGCAAAAACCCACAUUCAAUCGGGCGAAUCCUCUUAUUCUUCAUAUAGUACAUAGCUACAGUCAAUUUCAAACAUGCGUACUAUACAUUUCCUAUUUAAAUAUGUUGCUGCGUUCUCCAUUUGAAAAUCCCAAGUUACACGAGUGUCUCUGUGGUACUAUGAUUUACAAUUUGACCAAAGAGAUACUUUCUCGGCCAUAUCCCGAUUUAUUCGUAUCAGAAUUUUUAGGUAGGCAAUCAAACGUAGCCAUAUUAUUUAAUACAUUAAAGGAUGAAUUACUGAGGAAUGUACCCUGUGAAAGCUACGUAAAAAUCGAUCGCUCCGAAAAUCAAACUAAAAAAUCUUGCUCCAUAAAGAAAAAAUCGCAAAUUCAAAAAACUAGUGAGAAAUGUGAUCCAAACGUAGAACUAAAUUAUAACGAGUUUGGACAACUGUCUUUAUUUGAUGGUGAACUAAAUGGUGAUUGUACUGAAGUCUAUAUAUAAAAUUAUUUAUAUUUUCUUG